CAUCCCACUCCCCAAAGAUGCCACCAGCGACUCCGUGAGGCCGUCGUCGCCGCCCCAUUUCACUUCCCACUGCCGCCUUCGCCACCGCCGCUCCACUGCACCACCACUCCAGUCUACCCGUACACGCACUCUCCGCGGUCCACGCCAUGGCCUCCCAGCUCCGCCUCCACCUUGCGGCUACACCGCCUCUCCUUCCUCACCGCCGUCCGCACCUCGCGCGGCCGCUCUGCCCCACCCUAAACCCAAUCCGAGCGCCGCUCCCCCCUCUCUCACGCGUUCUCUCCCACGCUCGUCCCGCCCGUGCGGUCGGGGGAGGCAUCGAGCCGAAGGAGGGCGUUGUUGCGGAGGGAGACGAGUCUGGCGGAGGGCCCGUGCUCGUGGGUGAGGAUUCGGCUGCGUUCGAGCUCAAGGACCAGAGCGUGGCGUCGUGGGCUUACUUCGCCGGGAUACUAGGUGCGGUGCUCGUUGCGCUCAACGUGCUGUGGAUCGACCCCAGUACCGGGGUCGGGACCAAAUUCCUCGACGCUGUCGCCUCCGUCUCCGACAGCCACGAGGUUGUUAUGUUGCUCCUUACCAUAAUUUUUGCUGUAGUCCAUAGUGGUAUGGCAAGCCUACGGGAAAGUGGUGAGAAAAUAGUGGGGGAGCGUGUUUACCGUGUGCUGUUCGCAGGAAUUUCACUGCCUUUAGCAGUUACUACUAUUGUAUACUUCAUAAAUCAUCGGUAUGAUGGUACUCAAUUAUGGCAAGUUCAGGGAAUCACUGGCAUUCAUGAGCUUCUUUGGUUCUCGUCGUUCAUUUCGUUCUUCUUUCUGUAUCCAUCCACUUUCAAUCUCUUGGAAGUGGCAGCUGUGGACAAGCCUAAAUUACACAUGUGGGAAACAGGAAUAAUGCGUAUUACCAGACAUCCACAGAUGGUUGGUCAGGUAAUUUGGUGCCUUGCUCAUACACUAUGGAUUGGCAACUCAGUUGCCGUAGCGGCCUCUGUCGGACUUAUCAGCCACCAUCUCUUUGGUGCUUGGAAUGGUGACAGGAGGCUGUUGUCACGCUAUGGUGAAGCCUUCGAAGUACUGAAGAAGAGAACAAGUGUUAUGCCCUUCGCUGCGAUCAUCGAUGGACGGCAGAAACUGCCCAAAGAUUAUCACAAGGAGUUCUUUCGGUUACCAUAUGUAGCAAUCACAAUGUUAACCUUGGGUGCAUACUUUGCUCAUCCAUUGAUGCAAGCAUCCAGCUACCAACUUCCCUGGUAGUGCUAUAAACCUAUAUACAUAUAUGCUCAGUGCUGGAACUGAAAAAACAUGACCAGAUCAAAAAGAAGAGAAAUAUGUGCUCCUUUGGUAUACAUAGUUGAAUGCAUAAUCUUAUGUGUACAAAUGUACAAUUAUUUAUAUUAUUAACGGAACUUUUUGUAUAUGGCAUUGGUCAAAACUUUUAUCUAUGAUAUACCACAAAAAAAUUCAU